UUCACGGUCUUAUAUUAGUCCAUACAUGGACACACACCUAAACUAAAACAUCACCACUUUACAUUGCUCCGAACCAAGACCAAUGGCCCCGGCAGCGCCGCCGUCUCUGACGCCGGAAACCACCCCGUUGGGCUACCAACUCUUCACGCGCAUCCGCCUGGCCACCCCCUCCGAUAUUCCCCACAUCCACAAACUCAUCCACCAAAUGGCCGUCUUCGAACGCCUGACCCACCUCUUCUCCGCCACCGAGUCCUCCCUGUCCGCCACCCUCUUCUCCCCCACCGUCCAACCCUUCCAGUCCUUCACCAUCUUGCUUCUAGAAGCUUCUCCCACCCCCUUCCCCGUUUCAACCUUUGACUCCAACCCUUUCUUCAAACCCAUCACUGAACUCGUGAAUCUGAGGCUCCCCUAUGAGGACCCCGAGCGCGACACGUUCAAGAGCAUGGACGAUGUUAGUGUGGUAGGGUUUGUGAUGUUUUUCCCAAACUAUUCUACUUUUCUGGGAAAAGCAGGGUUUUACGUGGAGAACUUGUACGUGAGGGAGUGUUACAGGAGAAUGGGAUUUGGGAAAAUGUUGUUUUGUGCAGUGGCAAAGGAAGCAGUAAAAAGGAAUUACGGAAGGGUAGACUGGGUUGUGCUGGAUUGGAAUGUUAAUGCUAUUAGGUUUUACGAAGAGAUGGGUGGUGAGGUGGUGGAGGAAUACAAGUUUUUCAGAUUGACUGGGAAGGAUCUUCAAGCUUUUGGACACACUCACUGAAAAGUGUUCCACUAAUUCUCAUUCCAUGCUUGAAAUAUGUAACAAACCAUGUCAGAAUAAGAUGUUCAUAUUAUGUGUUUAUAAUGAUCUCUUCUGAGAUAUAGUAAGUUAUUAUUAUAUCUCAAAAGGAUUAUCUAAGUUAAUAUAAUUGUUGCUACUUCUUAUUUUAAUGAUGAUCAAACUUUUAGUA